UCGAAGUUCACACACAUGUGGCCUGGUGGAAAAGCGGUAUCAACAACAAACAAAUGCAAAAAUAGCUGAAAAGCUAUCGUAUGAACAUGGCAGGUACCCAAACGUUGAAUCAAGAUACCAUGCAGCCUCAGGAGGAUGUGUUCAGUGAAGCAUUCAAUCGAUUGCGUCCAGUCUGCGUAUUGCUGACCAAACAAACAGACUGCAAUAAUGCUAGAGCCUUGUUGUAUAUACUGCAGCAGUUAGAUGGAUAUGUGUUGCAGCAUCUUCAGCAAUAUGUCCUUUUCCCACUCCGAAUCAUACUGCACAAUCCAAGAAAUAAAACCGAGGACCUGCUUGAAGUAACUCUGCAGUGCCUUUUGGAGAUACUAGAGAAAACCUCAUUGAACACUUGGCAGUUAUUUUCUGAUUACUUUCAACUUUUUUGCUCAUUACUAAGCACGAAUAUACAAUCGCCUUCAGCUAGCUUUCCAGAAGAAAUUCAACUAGUCACUGUCAGGUGUUUACAUCAACUAAUUCAAAAUGCAAAUUCAAGCACGCUGUCCAGUUUAUUCAAUUUUGAGUACUUACCCAGUGUCGGCCAUGCUGUGUCAGUUCUGAUAAAUGUGGCUGAGCAUCAGAAGUUACACGUUCUCAGGGUGCAGGCUCUCUCUUGCCUUUCCUCUCUCUGUCAAGAUAAUACUGGUAUUGAUCCAGCAUUAGUUUGUCAAAUUGGUUGUGUAUUCACAUCAUUUUUACCAGGUGCAUCUUCAGCUCUUGUCAAGAUCAUAAUAAAUGAACCAAAAGUUGCAAAAUAUGCAUUACACACCUGGGGAUGUAUGCUAGUGAAAGUACUUGAUGAUACAGGAGUUAGCGAGGCAUUUAAGUCUUCAGAAUGCAGAAAUUUAAUGACUCACAAGUUUGUGAUCACCAGAAACGAAUCAUGGCUAAAACAAACUGGACAAAAAUUGCACAUUCUACUAACUAAAGCCAGCGUUGUUGCAAGAUAUGGUAAUUGGAAAGUCCGUCUUGAAGUUGCUAAUUUUGUUAACAGGCUUUUAGAGACAUGUAAAAGGAGCUUAUCUGAAAGUAUCCCAAUUCUUGUUGAGAUGUUGGUGAGUUUAUCUGCAGAUCCUUACCCGCAAGUAGCAAAUGCAAGCACAGAAAUGUUAUCCUCUGUAAGAAAAACAUUCCACGAGAACAACUGCAGAGAUAUUACAGAGAUUCUGGAGGAAAAUUUGUUUGCACUUACAAUGUCACUCCCUCGAAUCAUUAUGGUUGCAGAUGAUGAAGAAAAGCUAAAGGUCCAUGAACAACGUUUAUAUAUUUUGUAUGUUCUUUUGUCAGGUGAGAAGAUUUCACAGGUAUUGUGCUCAUCAUCACAUUUAAAACGUCUGUCAAUUUGUUUAAUGACAGUUCUCGAGUUUGAUACGGAAGAUAUCAAGAUAGUGCAACAGAAAAAUUUAUAUCAUGAUACACCUGUAAAUUUUAGUUCACAAGAUGAAAUGCAAUGGAAUCCAGAGAGAAGGUUCAAAAGAUUUAAUGACAAUAGAAUUGAAGAGGUGACAAGGAAGAUUUGUAGAACAUUAGCAGCGUAUGGUGAUCUGGAUGUACUUGUGGAGUACUUUCUGGAUUUGUUCUUGGAAUCCUGUGUUUAUCAGAGGCAGGCAGUAUGGGUGCUAAAUGAACUGAUUGCUGGCUGUUGCUACCCUCAUCCAAUUGCACAAACUUGUAUUAAGCGUCUUAUUAAUGAGUACCUCUCCUCGCCUUCCUGGCAUUCGUUACCUGAUAUAACAGAAGAAGCUGUUUCAAUAUCUCUACCACUUACUACAAAAAACAAUACAAUUGUGUUAAGUUGUCUUCUGCUGGAAGGGUUAGCAAUAUUUGCCAAGGUUUUGAAGGAAGAUUUUGAACUAUUUCUAAUCAGCACACUUUAUCCUGUUCUUGUAAAAGUUUCAGAUAGCAAUAUGCUAAUUAGUCAGUCAGCAUUUAAGACUGUCAAAGAGUUCUUCGAGGCUUGCAAGUACAGUUGUAUUGAAGAACUGAUUUAUAGAAAUGUAGACUAUUUACUUGAUUGCCUGACGCAUGAAUUGCGUCACGCUCACUUCAACACAAAUGCAUUGUUAGUUUUGCAAGCCAUGUUUCAGUAUGGAGGUGCCAAUCUUCUUCCUCUGAUUCAACAAACUAUUAAUCAAGUACUAGACUUGAUUGGACAAAACCAGCAGGGAGAACUGAAACAUUUGCUAUUAGUGUGUGAAGCACUUGUUGAGGCCAUUAAGAAAUGGUUUGUCAUUUCUGAGGAACAUACUGUGACCAGUGAACCAGUAUCUGAAAGUGUGUGUGACUUCAUUGUAAAACAUCAUCGGUUGCAACAGGAAAAUAUUCAGAAUUGCGAUGGAGAAGCAACAAGAGAAAUAGAAGAAACCACAGACACUGAAGAGGUCAUAGAAGACAGCACACCCGAAAAACCAGCGCUGCAUGUCAAAAUUGUUGUCCAGGUACUGGAGAACUGCGUCCAUUUGUUGGGUAUUGAGAGCUUGCAACAACAAACACUAAUAUUGAGUAUAGUCAUGGAGGGUGUUAUCUGCAUAUCAUCGUACCAAGAUGACAUGUUGCCAUUAGCUCAUCAGCUGUGGUCACCAAUAGUGCAGCGUUUAAGUCACUCCAACUACAAUGUUAGAAUAAAGGCUGUGGAAUGUGUUGCAAGUCUUGCAAAUGCUUGUCAUGAUUUCCUUAAAAAGCGUGUGUUAAAAGAUGUUCUUCCAAAUCUAAUUCGGUACCUAAAGCAACAAAGUCAGUGCAGUUUGAAGAAAGAUUGCCUAUAUCAUCAUACCCUUGAAUAUAAACUUCAGUUGGCAAUUUUGAGCAAUAUUGGUCAUAUAUGUGUGAAGGUGGACAUAGAUGGACUAGAUGUAUUAAAGUUAGCAUUUGUGUGCAUACCAUAUCUUGAUGAUAACCAACCACCCAUUCUGAAAACAUGUACACAGAAGCUGAUGAAACAGUUGAAAAUGGUUGAAUAUGAUGCAAUAGAACUGAUGCUUGAGGACUUAAAUUCUAAAAACUCAGUAGCAGUCAGUUGAUAGUUGUUCUACCAGGUGAUGGACGAUUUGUCUGAUACGCUGAACAAUUUGUCUUAUUGGCUGGACUAUGCGCCUCAUAGGCUAGAUGACUCCCUACUCCGACCUGAAAAAUAGAUUUCUCUAUAGUGAAAGGUGAUAGCCCAUAUGGUUAGACUUAAAUAGAUAGGGGUCAAUAACCUGUGAGACAGGUGAAGCACAGAUAGGGCAAAUAAUAUACCAACAGAUGUUUCUAAAUGAAAUUCAUGGAGUUAAAUGGGAUAUUAAUGUCUAUUUAUCCUAUGGAACGAAUUGUCUCUGCCGAAUUGUCAUUUUAAUAUAAGUAUAUUUAUGAAAUGUACAGUAUGCAUAUUUACUCAACAACUGAUAUAAUGAUGAUUUAUUGAACAUAUUAUAAUUAUUGGAUAUGUAAAUAUUUAUAAAUUGCCUACUAAACCUAAUACCUGUAUAUAGGUUGCUACCAGUGCUGGAAAAAAUGGAAUUGCUGUAGAAACUGAAGGAGAAUUAAGAGUUUUUUUUUUUUUUUAUCAAUAAUUAUGACUGGUGUUGUAGGGAAUGGAGUUUCAGAGUUUAGUACCAGGCCUUUCCCACAGACUUACAGAAGCGUAAGGCAACCUAACCUGUGUCAAUUUGUUAAUGCAAUUUUAUUAAAGUUUUCUAUUGGCUCGAAUUAAGACUUGAGCAUUGUGUGACUAAUGUCUUUUAAUAAUCUUAAAAUGUAUACUGUAUGUCUGUUCAAUGUGUGUUUAUCUCUUUUUUAUAUAUUUUUUUAAUGGAAAAAAAAACCGUAUGUGCAAUUCUUCCACAACUCUUUUUUGUUCGAUGCUAGUUUUAUUUUGUUCAAGGGGGUGGGGGGUGUAGAUAGACGUACUUGACACCUGUUCGUCCUUUCCUUUUGCUGCUUUUUAUGUCUUGUUUUCCUUGUACAGUACUUUUGUUCUCUGUGCAGUGAUGAAGCUUCAUAAAUAAUAAAUAAAAAUAAA